AUGGAGGGGCUCAGCGUGGGCAGUGUCCUGCUGGCCGGCUGCGACGGGGGGCUGGGCCUGGGGCUGCUCAAGGGGCUGCUGGAGCAGCCCAGCCCACCCCGGCGCAUCUUCGCUGCUUGCCUGGACCCCCAGGGCAAGGCUGUUAACGAGGUGGCUUUGGGCUUUCCCAACGUCGUGAUCCUGCCUCUAGAUGUGACAGAUCCCAACAGCAUCAAGGCAGCAGUCAGGAGGGUGCGGGCAGAGGUGGGAAGUGCUGGCCUCAACCUCCUGAUCAACGACACCGGCACCACGCGCCGCAGCACCUUGGCCACCGAGACAGCAGAGAACAUGAGCCUGGUCUACACCACCAACACCAUCGGGCCCCUGCAGACAAGCCAGGCCUUCCUGCCCCUGCUGAAGGAGGCGGCUGAGGCCGCAGGGCAGCGUGAGAUGAGCUGCAGCAGAGCUGCCAUCAUCAACAUCUCCAGCAUCCUGGGCUCCAUCGAGGUUGCAGAGGCUUGGCAGGAGAGGCAGGACAUCUGCUACCGCUGCAGCAAGGCUGCUCUGAACAUGCUCACCAAGUGCCUGGCCCUGGAGUACGGGAGCAGCGGGAUCCUCUGCGUGUCUGUGGAUCCCGGACAUGUGACACCUCCCUUGGAACAGGGGAUGGGCCCGGUGACGCUGGAGGAGAGCGUGCGGGGCGUCCUGCAGCUGCUGGCCCAGCUCUCAGCCAGCAGCAAUGGCACCUUCUGGGACUGGAGAGGGCAGAGGCUGCCCUGGUGAGAGCAGCAUCUGCCCACUGA